UUCUUCUUGUUCUGAGGGUGGAGACAGGAGUUGGACAGAUGUCCCUGCAGGUUGUCCUUCCUGUCCCCGGCGGCUCUGUGAUUGAUCUUUGUUGGUCAAACAGUCCUGGAGGUCAGCAUCAGGGCUGAGUUUCCUCCGUUUGUUCUCAGGAUGUUCACAUUCAGCUCCGACACAGUUCCACAUCGCUCCUCGUCCUGAUGAGCUCCAACCGUCUGAAGAAAUCUGGUUUUAUUUUUGAUUCACUUCAACACAGACCAUGUGAAGUAAUCCAGCUCCUUUUGAAAGGCUUCUUUGUGCCAAAGGAUCAAAAAGCUGCUCGGCGGCCUUCAGAGGACCUGAGGAAUGUGAAGUCACGGAGCCUCCACCUCUUCGCCGGACAUUUGAAUAACAAGCCAGCGCCUGCCUUCAGACCUCGCUUAACCUCAAUGUUUCGCAUCGCCAAGUCGUUCUGGAGCAACAUUACCAGCAGAAACAGGCAUUUCCUGCUCGUGUUCCAGAGCUACACCUGUCUGAGAGGGCGUGGGGAGUCCUGACAGGUCCUGGAGCCGCUGACCCGGGACACAGAGGGAAGCCGAGGACCAGGAAUGUGUCUGAGCUGCGAGGAGUGGCCGACUGGCUCAGUGUGACCAGGAGAACAGACGUCAGGUCUCCAUGGACCACCCGCAGGAYCCCGGACACGCUCUGUGGAGCCUGAACAUCCGGCUGAAGAGCUUCAUGGAGCAGGUGAGCCGGCUGCAGGAGGCCAACCACCAGCUGGAGGCCCGGAUCGCAGACUGGGGUGCCAGGAUCGGCUGCCAGAACUGGACCAAGCAGGAGGAGACAGUCAGGGAGCUCCGUGCACAGGAGGAGGCGGCGUGGGCCCAGGUGAGCCUCGGCGGCGCUGCCCUGCGGGAGGCCCGGGCCGAGCUGGCGGAGGCCAGGAGGCAGUGGCGUUCCCUGCAGGUGGAGAUCGAGACGCUACACGCCCUGGAGAAAGGCCUGGAGACCUCCCUGCAGCACACCCAGCAGCUGUACUCCACCCAGCUCCACCACCUGUCCCAGGUGAUCUCCGGCCUGGAGCAGGAGCUGGAGCAGGUGAGGAGCGGCCUGACCGACCAGCGCCAGCGCCACGGCCAGCUGCUCAACACCAAGAUGAGGCUGGAGCGAGAGAUCGCCACAUACCGACGGCUGCUAGAGCGAGAGGAGGACAGGUACAUGGGUCAAUGUGGGCCACCGUUGUUGGGUCUGCGGCCCUGGAGGUCUCCCGUAGCCGAGCCGAAGGAAAACGGGGUGGACGACAGCCUCAGCGACCCCACCGUCAGUCCAGACGAACCCAAAUCAGAACCCCUGCCGGUGACCCCGUCGCUCCUCCCUGUGGAGAACGGGCUGAGGAAGAACAGACUGUACCGGCAGCAGAGCCUCGUCAUCCUCACAGAACCAGAACAUGAUAAAGACCUGCCAAUCUCCACGGUGAAGACCCAGGAGAUUCUUCAGGGCCACGUGGUGCGGGAAAGUGCAGAGGGUCACGGCACCAUUGAGACGGAGAAAAUCGACCAGGUGAUCAAGCAGUGGGAGGGCUCCUUCUUCAGAGGGAACCCCAAGCUGAGGAAGAAGUCCGUGUCGCUGCGCUUCGACCUGCACAUGGCCGCCGCCGACGAAGGCUGUGCUCAGACCAAACAGGACAGCCUCCCCGACGUGGAGGUCCGCCUCAUCAUGAAGAGGUCCCGCAGCAUCUCCACCAUCACGGACUGAGUCAGAGCCGGACCUGGACCCGCCSCUCCUGCUUCCAGACAUCCUCCGAACUUUUAUCAUCUCAGCUGAAACCUCCACUCCGGCAGGAUGAGUGUCUUAGUUUAAAGUUUGUUUUUUCUUUUCUGCUGCUGGACAGAGAUCCUCCUCCUGUAGACGAACAGGAAGAGCUUCUUGUUUCAGUCAGACGUCACUGGAGAUUAUUUAUUAUCCAAGGAAGGAGAUGAUGAAGCUACAGCAGUGAGGUGGUYCUUCAUCCUGCUCCUUUUAGGGGUUUCUUCAAGUUCUGCAGAUGCCUGUCAGUCAAAUCACUGCUGUAGGACUGCAGGUUAUUGUCACUUCUUUUGGGAUUUUAUCAAUUGUUGCUUUAAUUCUCGUGAUCUGAUCUUUAUCACAUCGUUGAGUCCACGUCUAGUUUUUAGUGUUUAGUUCUUGACUUUAGAGCUCUGAGUGAGUGGAAACCUGAAUUUGGACAUAAAUUUAUCUUGGUUGUAUUUGAGGUUCUGUCCAUCCAGAUGUUUGGCAUUGGGUCGUGGACGUUCGGGAUGGAAAGGCGACACACUUCAGAUCUUUCUUGGAAUCCAAAUAUCCCAGACCAGAGAGGAUAGAGUCUAGAGUUCUGGGACAGAAAAGCUCAAAGUCCAGGAGGCGUGUCAGUCAGAUUCCUGAACCAUCUCGUGUCAGCGUAGAGGAG